GGCGAGGUUUCCGGUGUUGUGACUGAAACCCGUCAAUAUGGCGGCGAUCGGCCGCGGCCGCUCUCUGAAAAACCUCCGAAUACGAGGGCGGAAUGACAGCGGCGAGGAGAACGUCCCGCUGGAUCUGACCCGAGAACCUUCUGAUAACUUAAGAGAGAUACUCCAAAAUGUGGCCAAAUUACAAGGCGUAUCAAAUAUGAGAAAGCUAGGACAUCUGAAUAACUUUACAAAGCUUCUUUGUGAUAUUGGCCACAGUGAAGAAAAACUGGGCUUUAACUAUGAAGAUAUCAUAAUUUGUUUGCGGUUAGCUUUAUUGAAUGAAGCAAAAGAAGUACGAGCAGCAGGGCUACGAGCACUUCGAUAUCUUAUCCAAGACUCCAGUAUUCUGCAGAAGGUGCUAAAAUUGAAAGUGGACUAUUUAAUAGCAAGGUGCAUUGACAUUCAGCAGAGCAACGAGGUAGAGAGGACACAAGCACUUCGAUUAGUCAGAAAGAUGAUUACUGUGAAUGCUUCCUUAUUUCCUAGUUCAGUGGCCAACUCGUUAAUUGCAGUUGGAAAUGAUGGACUUCAAGAAAGAGACAGAAUGGUCCGAGCAUGCAUUGCCAUUAUCUGUGAACUAGCACUUCAAAAUCCAGAGGUGGUAGCCCUUAGAGGUGGACUAAAUACCAUCUUGAAAAAUGUGAUUGAUUGCCAGUUAAGUCGAAUAAAUGAGGCCCUCAUUACUACAAUUCUACACCUCCUUAAUCAUCCAAAGACCCGGCAGUAUGUGCGAGCUGAUGUAGAAUUAGAGCGAAUUUUAGCACCUUAUACUGAUUUUCACUACAGACACAGUCCAGAUACAGCCGAAGGGCAGCUCAAAGAAGACAGAGAAGCACGGUUUCUAGCCAGCAAAAUGGGAAUCAUAGCAACAUUCCGGUCAUGGGCAGGUAUUAUUAAUUUGUGUAAACCUGGAAACUCUGGGAUCCAAUCGCUAAUUGGAGUACUUUGCAUACCAAAUAUGGAAAUAAGGCGAGGUCUGCUUGAAGUGCUUUAUGAUAUAUUUCGUCUUCCUCUACCUGUUGUGACAGAGGAGUUCAUAGAAGCACUGCUCAGUGUAGAUCCAGGAAGGUUCCAAGACAAUUGGAGGAUUUCAGAUGGCUUUGUAGCAGCUGAGGCAAAAACUAUUCUUCCUCAUCGUGCCAGAUCCAGGCCAGACCUCAUGGAUAAUUAUUUGGCACUGAUACUAUCUGCAUUUAUUCGUAAUGGACUUUUGGAAGGUUUGGUUGAAGUGAUAACAAACAGUGAUGACCAUAUUUCAGUUAGAGCUACCAUCCUUUUAGGAGAGCUUUUACAUAUGGCAAAUACAAUUCUUCCUCAUUCACAUAGCCAUCAUUUGCACUGCUUGCCAACCCUAAUGAAUAUGGCUGCAUCUUUUGAUAUCCCAAAGGAAAAGAGACUUCGAGCCAGUGCAGCACUGAACUGUUUAAAACGCUUCCAUGAAAUGAAGAAACGAGGACCUAAGCCUUACAGCCUUCAUUUAGAUCACAUUAUUCAGAAAGCAGUUGCCACACAUCAGAAACGGGAUCAGUACCUUCGAGUUCAGAAAGAUAUAUUUGUUCUUAAGGAUACAGAGGAAGCUCUUUUAAUGAACCUUAGGGAUAGCCAAGUCCUUCAACAUAAAGAAAAUCUUGAGUGGAAUUGGAAUCUUAUAGGGACCAUUCUUAAGUGGCCAAAUGUAAAUCUAAGAAACUAUAAAGAUGAACAGUUGCACAGAUUUGUACGAAGACUUCUUUAUUUUUACAAGCCCAGCAGUAAAUUAUAUGCCAACCUGGAUCUGGAUUUUGCCAAGUCUAAGCAGCUCACAGUUGUUGGUUGCCAGUUUACCGAAUUUCUUCUUGAGUCUGAAGAGGAUGGGCAAGGAUACUUAGAAGAUCUAGUAAAGGAUAUUGUUCAGUGGCUCAAUGCCUCCUCUGGAAUGAAACCUGAAAGAAGUCUUCAAAAUAAUGGUUUAUUGACUACUCUUAGUCAACACUACUUUUUAUUUAUUGGAACACUUUCUUGCCACCCUCGUGGAGUCAAAAUGCUGGAAAAAUGUAGUGUCUUUCAGUGUCUCCUUAAUCUUUGCUCAUUGAAAAACCAAGAUCACUUGCUAAAACUGACUGUUUCUAGCUUGGACUAUAGCAGAGAUGGAUUAGCUAGAGUCAUUCUUUCAAAAAUCCUAACAGCAGCUACUGAUGCCUGCAGGCUGUAUGCGACAAAACAUUUAAGGGUAUUGUUGAGAGCUAAUGUUGAAUUCUUUAAUAAUUGGGGAAUUGAGUUACUAGUGACUCAACUGCAUGAUAAAAACAAAACAGUUUCUUCGGAAGCUCUGGAUAUUCUUGAUGAAGCUUGUGAAGAUAAGGCCAAUCUUCAUGCUCUUAUUCAGAUGAAGCCAGCUUUAUCUCAUCUUGGAGACAAGGGUUUGCUUCUUCUCCUGAGAUUUCUCUCCAUUCCGAAAGGAUUUUCCUACCUGAAUGAAAGAGGUUAUGUGGCAAAACAGCUGGAAAAGUGGCACAAGGAAUAUAAUUCAAAAUAUGUUGACUUGAUUGAGGAACAACUUAAUGAAGCACUUACUACUUAUCGGAAGCCUGUUGAUGGUGAUAACUAUGUUCGCCGGAGUAACCAAAGACUACAGCGUCCUCAUGUCUACUUGCCUGUGCACCUUUAUGGACAACUGGUACACCACAAAACCGGCUGCCAUUUACUAGAAGUUCAGAAUAUUAUAACAGAACUUUGUCACAACGUUCGUACACCAGAUUUGGAUAAAUGGGAAGAAAUUAAAAAAUUGAAAGCAUCACUUUGGGCCUUGGGAAAUAUUGGCUCCUCAAAUUGGGGUCUUAAUUUGCUACAGGAAGAAAAUGUGAUUCCAGACAUCCUAAAACUUGCAAAACAGUGUGAAGUUCUUUCCAUCAGAGGGACCUGUGUAUAUGUACUGGGGCUCAUAGCCAAAACCAAACAAGGCUGUGAUAUUCUAAAAUGUCACAACUGGGACGCUGUGAGGCAUAGUCGCAAACAUCCGUGGCCAGUAGUUCCAGAUGAUGUAGAACAACUCUGUAAUGAGCUCUCAUCAAUCCCAAGCACCCUAAGUUUGAACUCAGAAUCAACCAGCUCUAGACAUAAUAGUGAAAGUGAAUCAGCACCAUCAAGUAUGUUCAUAAUGGAGGAUGACCGGUUUGGUAGCAGCUCAACUAGUACAUUUUUCCUUGAUAUCAGUGAAGAUGCAGAGCCAUCAUUUUUUGACCGACCUGGGCCUAUAAAGGAUAAGAAUUCAUUUCCUUUCUUUGCUUCUAGUAAACUUGUGAAGAAUCGCAUCUUAAAUUCACUUACUUUGCCUAAUAAAAAACAUCGUAGCAGCAGUGAUCCAAAAGGAGGAAAACUGUCAUCUGAAAAUAAGACAAACAACAGGCGAAUUAGAACACUUACGGAGCCCAGCGUAGACUUUGAUCAUAGUGAUGAUUUCACACCUAUAUCCACAGUACAGAAAACAUUACAAUUAGAAACUUCAUUUGUUGGGAAUAAGCACAUUGAAGACACCGGUAGUACCCCAAGUAUUGGAGAGAAUGACUUAAAAUUCACCAAAAGUUUUGGUACAGAGAAUCACAGAGAAAACACAAGCCGAGAAAGGUUAGUUGUAGAAAGUUCCACAAGUUCACAUAUGAAGAUACGUAGCCAAAGUUUUAAUACAGACACUACAACAAGUGGCAUAAGUUCAAUGAGCUCAAGUCCUUCACGAGAGACAGGUGUAGAUGCUACGAUUAUUGACACAGACUGUGGAAGUAUGAGUACUGUGGUAAGUACUAAAACUGUUAAGACAAGCCACCAUUUGACACCACAGUCUAACCAUCUGUCUCUCUCCAAAUCAAAUUCAGUGUCCCUGGUGCCUCCAGGUUCUUCUCACACACUUCCUAGAAGAGCACAGUCCCUUAAAGCACCCUCUAUUGCUACAAUUAAAAGUCUAGCAGACUGUAACUUUAGUUACACAAGUUCUAGAGAUGCCUUUGGCUACGCUACAUUGAAAAGAUUACAGCAGCAAAGAAUGCAUCCAUCCUUAUCUCACUCUGAAGCUCUGGCAUCACCAGCAAAAGAUGUGCUAUUUACUGAUACCAUCACCAUGAAGGCCAACAGUUUUGAGUCCAGAUUAACACCAAGCAGGAUCGAUUUUAAAAAGAAGUAUGUCGGGGGGAUCAGGAGCUUAAGACCUACAAUAACAAACAACCUUUUCAGGUUCAUGAAAGCUUUAAGUUAUGCAUCAUUAGAUAAAGAAGAUUUGUUGAGUCCCAUUAAUCAAAAUACCCUGCAGAGAUCCUCCUCAGUUAGGUCAAUGGUGUCCAGUGCUACAUAUGGUGGCUCAGAUGACUACAUUGGCCUUGCUCUUCCUGUAGACAUCAAUGAUAUAUUCCAGGUAAAGGAUAUUCCUUAUUUUCAGACAAAAGACGUGCCUCCACAAGAGGAUCACAGUACAAAAGUGUUUGUCUAUGACACAGGAGGUCUUCCAUCUGGAACUGGAGGUCUUGUUAAAAACUCUUUUCACUUGCUACGACAGCAGAUGAGUCUUACUGAAAUAAUGAAUUCAAUCCAUUCAGAUGCUUCUUUAUUUUUAGAAAGUACAGAAGACACUGGAUUGCAAGAGCAUACAGAUGAUAACUGCCUUUAUUGUGUUUGUAUUGAAAUUCUGGGUUUCCAGCCCAGUAACCAACUAAGUGCAAUAUGUAGUCAUUCAGAAUUAAGGAGAAGUAUCCUCAAACAUUUGAUGACAUAUGCCUUUACUCUGAGGUUUCUCAUUUGCUGUCACACUGCACAUUUAGACUUCCAUGUCGGAGGUUCAUACAAGAAUUAUUUCAAGAUGUACAGUUUUUACAAAUGCAUGAAGAAGCAGAGGCUGUGUUGGCAGUACCACCAAAGCAACCUAUAGUUGAUAAAUCUGCUGAAUCCUGACCUCAUAUUUAUGAUGUGUAUAGAUAAAUACUAUAUAUAUUCAUAUUUGUGGAUUUUCUAAAAGCCUCAGAAAAUACUGACUGACUGGGCAGCAAAGACAGAAGUAUCUUCUGCACACUGUUCCAGCAAUUAUUGGUACAUGAACAGUUGAAACUGCUGACUUCCCUAACCAAAACAACUUCCUUCUCUUCCUGUUGAGCCCUUUGAAGGGUUCCUAUUUUAUCACCACAAUUUUAAGAGUUUCAAUUACCAUCGAAUGCAAGAGCCAAGCACUGAAUACCUUCAUAGGUUUUCUGUUUUUUCAUUUUAAAAGCAUAAUAACAGUGGAACAAUAAUAGGAUAUUGCAGAAGCACCCUUCACACAGUUACUUUUCUUUUUUUUUUUUUUAAGGGUCAGUAAACACCUUGUUUGUUAACUAAUUUGGGGAAACCAAGAGUUAGUGUCUCUAAGGCUGCAUCCUGUUACUACAAUAGGGUGUACUGUAACUGCUGGUAUUAAGAGAGGGAACUUUGACCCUUCCACCUUUUCUUAAUGUUUGUAACACUAUUUCAGAGGUGGGUAACCUCAAAGCAAAAGAAGAGCCUCAACAACCCGGGACUUAUAAAUUAUUUUUAUGUUAUUAGACUGCAUAAAGAUUCUUAUUUGUUUUCCAUCUUUUCAGUUUUGUUGCAGUGUGUUCUUAUAGGCUGUUUGAACCAAUUAAGGUUUUUCACUAUGGUUCCUGAUUGAACUGAAAUCAUUUUAUAGUUCAACUAAAAAUAUUUGCCAUUUGUACAGUUUCCCAUUUGUAGAAUUUCCAGUGGACUUCCAUGUUCAUCACCUUCCCAUAUCAUCAUUUUAAACAGAAACAUGAACAAGCACUAUUACUUCACACUCAGAGCAAAGCAUUAAAUAAUAUUUUGGAUCUCCUGAAGAAAAGAUAAGUUUGCCUGAAAUUUACACAUUCCAUGGGAAAAGAAGAGCCAUAUUUCCUUUAAAAAAAUCAUUGAUGAAACUUGUUAUUAAGAUUAGAAAUUGUAGUGAAAAGCCUUAAGUACUAAAUUUUAAAGCAGUGGUUUAAUUUUUGUAUCAGUGUUCUUGUUUUGCACAAACUACAUGAAUGCAGUGAUAGGUGAGUUUAAGAGUGCAGUAAUUGCCUUCAUCACAUUUGUGAAGUUAAGUUGAUGAGGGCAAGAUUUUGUUUGUCUAAUUUGUGUGUGUAUAAAGAUAUUUGGAAAUCUUGACAGGAAUCAGACAUAUAUGCAAAUUUGUAUAUAAAAAUAGCAUGGCCAUCAUUAGAAUGCCUGUAAAUCAGGGUUAUCUUUUUUGAAAUCUAUAUAUAAAUGAAAAUAGAAAAAAAUCCAGCUGGAUUUAUUAGGACUGUUUUUAAAUCCAUUUGCGUAGACCAUUUUUACAGUUACACAUCAGCUUUGACACAGUCAUAGACCAUUGGUUAAUGUUAUAUUCUUCCAUGUUGCAGAUCCUUUUUGUAAUGGGCUUGUUCUUUGAAAUCUCUGUAAAGAACCCUGUGAACCAGAAAACAUAACUCACAGAGAUACUUUUUUUUUUCAAACUGGCACUGAGAGUUCCCAUUUGGGAUGAAGCAUUUCAUCUCAUUUCCUACCACCUGUUUGACUGCACUUCAGUGAAUUGUUCUUCUGUGCACUGUGUAGCAACUUACAUUGCAACAAAGCAGAUAAGGGCUGUAAGCUGCUGCUUAUGUUAACAAGGGGUCUUCAGAUUUUUUCUCAUGAAAUUUAGUGAAGGUAAACAAAUAAUUUUUUUAACUUUACCACUGAACCCAAGUGUUCAUUUAAAUGUUAGCAAUGCUUCUAAGAACGUUCUCUGUCACCUUGGUCUUUGGUCUUGGAUAAUUAAACUGCCUUCCCAGAGAACCAGAUGUCAGAAAUACUAGACCAAAUAGUGGUUAAAAACUUCAAAGGAAGUAAUGUAGUAAUCUUAUCCAGAAUGGGAUUAACAUAUUUUAGACAUUCAUUUUAAACACUACCUCAGUUAAUAUACAGUAUAAAAUCUGUGGUUUAAUCCCCCAAAAGUUAACAGAUUAUCUUUCGUCACAUACAUGUAUACAAUGAUCUCCAUCCCUAUACCCCACCUAAGUUGAAAUUAAGGCUGUUAGUACUAGCCUGAACAGGUCUUUUUCUCGCUGUUACUUUGAAAGUCAUGUAUGUGUAUGUCAUGAUACCCACUUAGAGCACUUACUUUUGAAGACACUCAGAGCUUUGUGAUUUUCAGUAUGCUAAGAAAAAGAAUGUCUACAGUUAAAUUUAUAGUGGUAUUUGGUUUAUUCAUGGUUUCACUGAAUACGUUAUCUUUGAGUACUUGGUUGUAUAAAAGUAGACUUACGAAAAAUACAUGCAGUGCCAAGUGAUUAACUUAGAUCUUUAAAAAUAUUAAAUUAUACAGCAGAGGUUAGGAAUGAUGUCAGUGGUAAUAGAAAUAAUCGAGAAAAAUAACAUAAUAGAUAUUACUAAGACGAUAGAAUACCAAAAUAAUGUCACCAUUAUAGUUUUUCAAGAUUUUAGAAUUAAUCUUAGUCCAUAUAAAUUUGUACUAUUGGUAAUUAUUGAAUAAUUGGGAGGAAUUUGAUCUGUUAUGCUGGUUGUAAACUGUGAAUUUCUAGUUGUAAAUUGUCAUUUCUAAUUGAAUUUUUUAAGAAUGGAUGUCAGCUUCACAUACUAAUUACUGAUAAAUAAGGAAAUUAGAAAUUUAGUAUUCAUAAUUAAAUAUGCUCUAAAGUUUCUUAUACUUUUAUUUCCUGUCUGUGCUUAGGUCAUUGGAAGGCAGGGGAGUAUGUUCUCCCUAGUUAAAAUUUUUCUAAUAAAGAUUAGCAACAUAAGGACAUUCUGUAAGACAGUGACAUUAAAAGAGGCUUUUUGGAAGUGUAUACAUUAUUAUAAAGCGUACAAGUCCUUUAGAAAUGGUAGCUUUAUUGGUUUUCAGCUCUUUUGUCUAGAGCUUCAGAUAAUUAAGGCUGAAUUUUUCAGAAUAUGUUACAAUGGCAAAGUGUUCAAGAGUGAGAUGUCAGUGCUUAGAUUUGUCUACUGCUAUUUAUAUAAAAUUUUAUUUCAUUCCAUUCAAAGGAUGCCUUUUAUCCCCUUUUUAAAGCACAGAUCAUUAAGCAAUAAAAACCAAAUUGUCUGUCAUUCAAAUUAUAACUUAAAUUAUUUUUGCACGGUUAGAGUGAGGUGCUAAUUUUGUGUGAGAACAACUUUUAAACUACUUUGGGAAAUGGUCUAUGGAAGUAAUGACACCCCCCCCCCCUUAGUCCUAUGCUUCCAGUUGUUGUCUCAGAUUCACAGUCCAUUAAAACACAGGAAAAAAGAAAAGGUAGAAUUAGUUGAGAGAUUCAGAAAAAGACUGGAAUGAAUGAACAUUUCAGAUUUUCCAAAAUGUAAAUUGGGAAAGGUCUCCCUUAUCUCUGUAUUUACAAAAUACAUACAUUGUUACCAUCUUUAAUUUCAAGAGUGUUACUAUAGUAAGAGUUUGGUUAAAAAACAUACUAGUGAGAUUAAUAGUACUUAUCAAGAAACAUUAAAUCUGUAAGAAUCUUUCUAGAACAUUCCUCCAGCCUGCACACUCUCCUUCCCUUUUAGUUCCAGGUUCCCAGGGUAGUUCUCAUUCAUAGAAGGUUUAUAUUAUAAGACUCAACAGAAUGUGGAAUUCUCCCCCUUUGGAGUAUUUUUGUAAUGUAGGUGGUAAAUACGCCAUAGCAUGCAAAAAUUGGACAUUUUGUUUGACAUUCUUUAUAAAAUACUUAAUUUGAAAAAUAUAAUUUAUGCCAAAAAUAAGCAUAUCUUACACUUUUGUCACUUAACUAGGUUAAUUUAGCACAAAAUGGCAAAGUCUUAGGGUGGAGAGGGAAGUGAAAAACAUUUUAUGGAUGAUUGUUGAAAAAUGUUCCAUUACUGGCCUAUCAGAAACCCUAAAGAUGCAUUAUAAAACAAAUGAUGUAAAUUCGUUUUGAAGAGUGGUAAAAGGGUUGUGAAAAAAAUCUCAGACUCAAUGCUCUCUAACCACAUGAUUUUCUUUUUUUAAUUUAGUAAUACGCUGCUACAUAUUUGGAGGUUCUGGUGUUUGUAGGUCACUGAACACAUUGAAAUCGGAUUUAUAUUGUAUAACUGUAACAUAGAAAGAAAAAGUAUUUAUAUAUUUUCCGUAAGAAUAUUUCAUUGAGUUGUGUAUAAUUUAAAUAAGAAUUGUCCCAAAAUGGUUUUGCUCACCUUGAAUUUUUUUUGUGGUUUUCUUGUUUUUGUAUAAUGUGUACAGUUUAUGUCAAGGGCAUUAAAAGCCUCCUGAAGCAUAAUCUUAUCAAAGGGAUACAUUGUUAAUAAAAUGUACUUAAAAUUCUUAAAA